AUGGAAACUAGAGUACAUUUAUUUUGCCAGGCAGAAGAAAGUGUUGACUUAUUAGAUGAUGGCUCUAAUUCUUUUGCAACUGACUUUCCUUCAAGAAAUAUCAACAGCAAAAAAUACAUAAAGUUUUCUAAAACAACAGUGAAGAAAAUUUCACCUGAAAUUAGGAGUUUGAUGCCAGAAUGUAAAAAAAUGUUUGAAACGUCAAUAUCUCUAUGUGAAGAAGAGAAGUUCUCUGAUUUUCCAGGAGAAAGGAAGUCUGGAGAAAGAAGUUUACGAGAACAACAACCUAGUAAAAGAGCUGAGAUUGUCUCUCCUUGUUUGAAGCUGUGAAAGGAGAAGAUGGCCAGGAAAGAAGACGCUUUCUGUAAAUUGCCGGUUCUGCACGGCAUUCCCGAGACUUCCCCACCCCUUCACAUAUCAGCCUCAACUGACGUGCAUGGUCCACUUUUAUUUAGUUCACUUCAUAGAACCUAUAAAAUUUUUAGUAAAAUUCAAAGUGGUAAAAUUUAUGUGAAUGAUCUACCUAUGAUCCUCCAUACCUUGAGAAUUUCUAUAUAUGAUUCAGAAAUGCAGCAGGCACUCAAGACUAUUGAUAUUGAUGCAUUCCAGGAUGCCUUGAUGAUUUUCUCUAAGAUAAAACAUGGUUGAGUUGCAACUGAUGAAGUAGUUGCUAUUUUAGAUAGCAUGGGUAUCCCUUUAACUGAAACUUUUGAAGAAGUGAUGAGACAUACCUAUAUUGACAGUAACCAUAUGGUGGCUAUUGGGGAUAUUUUAUUUGUUUUGGAUGGACUACGGUAACCGUAUGAGGAUGUUUUAUUUGUGGAAGGGUCAGCUUUGGAUGAAACUACUUCAGGCAGAAAGUUAUUAAAUGUAGCAGAAUGCUAUCUACGAUAUAAGAGGAAACACAGUUUACUUCAGCUCUCUGAGUCUUCUAUACCCAAAAAGUUAAAUUUAAAAAGCCUCCAAUAUUAUAACAAAAGUAUUAAGGAGACUGACGAGUUUGAAUUUAAAAGAUCAGAAAAUACAUUGCAAAUAAGAAAAUAUCUGGGUGAGGCCAAUGGCAGUAAUGCUGGAUUUCAAGAUUCAUAUUCAAAGAAUGGCAUCAACUUUAAAAAAAAUUCAGAGAAGGGCGAAACCUAUGACUCAAAGUCUAAAUCCCAAAGCUUGAAGAGUGUUACAAACUUCAAUAAGUCUCUGAAUAAAAGUGAUAUUUCUAGUACUCCAGCACUUUGGAAGCCAGUUGUGAGAAGGCAUUCCAGCUUUCUAAAACAGAGUUCAUCUAAGGAAAAAGCUGCAGUUCCUACUCUGGAAAAAAUGUCUGAUGCUAUCAGUAAAUUCCAAGGAGAGGACAUUGCUGCAGAGGAGCUUCAGUCUAUUUUGCCUUCAGUAGGAAUCACUUUAUUAGAUAAAGAGUUCCAGAAGAUUGUGGCAGACACUAUUAGAAACGAAAAUGAAAUGGUGAAAUUAGAUGACUUUAUAAGCAAGGAACGAAAUCUUCCUGAAUGCGACA